AUAGCAUUACUCCGCUGGCGAGCGAUACUUUUGUGUCUACACAAGUUGUUUCUUGCCCCCUCGUUUGCGUACGCUAUCUCCUUUUCCCUCUCACCUUUCCGGCGCGGGAAUGGGCUCCGACCAAGCACUCGUUCAUAUCUUCCUCGUCUCUUUCCCCGGCCAAGGCCACGUCAAUCCUCUUCUCUCCCUCGGCAAACUCCUCGCCUCCGGCGGCCUUCUCAUCACCUUCUGCACCACCGAAAGCUUCGGCCGGGAGAUGCGCAAGGCUACCAACAUCGUCGACGGCGUGCUCACCCCAGUCGGCGACGGUUUCAUCCGCUUCGAAUUCUUCGACGACGGCCUCGAUGACCUCAAGCGCCUCGACCUCGACCAGUACUUGCCUCAGCUCGAGCAUUUCGGCAAGGAGUUGAUUGUCCGAAUGCUCCGGAAAUACGCCGGCGAGAACCGUCCGGUUUCCUUUCUCAUCAACAACCCGUACAUUCCUUGGGUCUCCGAUUUGGCCGAGAGCCUCGGCCUCCCCAGCGCCAUGCUCUGGGUCCAAUCCUGCGCCUGUUUCUCCGCCUGUUACCAUUAUUUCCACGGCUUGGUUCCUUUCCCUAGCGAAACACAGAUGGAAAUCAACGUCCAGUUGCCAUCCAUGCCGCUUCUGAGUCAUGACGAGAUCCCCAGCUUCUUGCACCCUUCGACUCCGUGUCCGUUUCUCAGGCGAGCCAUCCUGGGCCAAUUCAAGAACCUGUCGAAGCCGUUUUGCGUUUUGAUGGACUCUUUCCAGGAGCUCGAGAACGACAACAUUGAAUACAUGUCGAGGUUUUGCCCCAUCAAGCCGGUUGGGCCGCUCUUCAAGCUCACUAAACAGACGAAUUCCAUGGUUACCGGCGAUUUCUUGAAGGCGGAUGACUGCGCCGCCUGGCUAGAUUCGAAGCCGCCAUCGUCGGUGAUUUAUAUAUCGUUUGGCAGCGUCGUGAGGUUGAAUCAACAGCAAGUGAACGAGAUUGCUCACGGGCUUCUGGCUUUGCUUUCUGGAGAUGAACUUGAAGUUUCGUUCUUGUGGGUAAUGAGGGCGCCGGCUAGCGAGGGUUUUGGCUCCGACAAGAUCGAUUUACCCGAUGGAUUCUGGGAGAAAGCCGGCGACAAGGGCAAAGUGGUACAAUGGUGCCCACAAGAGCAGGUGUUGGCCCAUCCGUCCACGGCAUGCUUUGUGUCACACUGCGGCUGGAACUCGACGAUGGAGGCGGUGGCAAGCGGUGUGCCGGUGGUGGCGUUCCCGCAAUGGGGGGAUCAAGUGACCGACGCCAAGUACUUGGUUGAUGUGUUUAAGGUUGGGAUUAGACUGUGCAGAGGCAAGGCGGAGAACCGCGUAAUUUCGAGGGAAGAGGUCGAGAACUGCCUGCGCGAUGUGACCGUUGGCCCCAAGGCGGUGGAGAUGAAGGCAAAUGCCCUCAAGUGGAAGAAGGCGGCAGAGGAAGCGGUGGCGGAAGGUGGCACCUCCAACCGGAAUUUCAAAGCCUUUCUAGAAGAGGUUAGGACGGGCUCGGCGUUGAAAGCUAGUCCAACCGUCUAAGGUCUACUAAUAAUGUUAGGAUUUGCAGCUAUGGCAAAGGAAUGAUUGAUGACAUGGCUGAUGGGUUCGGCGAGUUGUUCGGGUAUAUGCUCAUUCGUGAGGAUUCAGGACAUGUUCUUAGUCAUGGUUAGAAGAUUGCACUGUAUUGAUGAUCAUGAAUAAUCAUUACGGUUUAAUGUAUUUCUGAGAAAUCAUCAAAUUGUAUAAAUAAGUCUCCAUAUAUUUAAGUAUUUGAUGAUAUGAUGGUACAGAUUCUUAUGUUAUAAUUAAGUGAAUUCAAUUAUAUACCAUAUCGGGUUUCGAUUUUAA